AUGAAGGGAGGAAGACUUCGGCGAUUUGCAAUUCACGUUUUGUUUGGACAGCUGGUGGCUUUUUUGAACUCCGUCACUGGAGUGUCAACGACCAAACUGGUAAAUAACAAUGCCAGUUAUCCUCUGCUGCAAUCGUUGACGGCGUACGCCUUUAUUUUUACCGUUUACGCACCAAUAUUUCUUCUGCUUUACAUUCGUAACCGGCACCGGAGGUUUUUUAAUUUUGUGUUUUUACAGAAGCCUUGGAAGUACGCAGUUCUUGGCCUUAUUGACAUGGAAGCGAACUUUUUUAUUGUCAAGGCCUUCCAAUACACAGACAUGAUUUCAGUCCAGCUCUUGAAUUGCUUCAACAUUCCAUGUGUUUUUGUGCUAAGCUUUUUCAUUUUGAAAAUGCGUUUUGCUGUCACCCACAUUGUUGGUUGUCUUGUUGCCACAAGUGGCUUGGUGGUUCUCAUUGUUUUGGACGCCGAUGGAGUAACACGAAAUAAGGUGGGGCCUAAUGUUGCCAAGGGCGAUUUGUUUUGCUUGCUUGCCGCUGCUCUUUACGCGACAAGUAAUGUUCUUAUGGAGUGGUUCAUCAAGCCUCAGCCAAGAGGUGUACAGCUUGAGAGUGCGGUGUCUGCCGAUACCAAUCCCGAAGAGGAGGGCGUUAACAGUGAAGUUGACCGCGACAUGUCGUCUUUUCGUGAGAGGCAAAUUGCAGAGGAACAAAAUGAAUUUUCAUCUUUACCGAACACCAUUCAUGUUGUUGAGUCAGGGCGAGAACGAGAUCAGGAGCAGUCUUCCGGGCAAGUACCUGAAUCUUUACCGGAAGUUGCAAAUUACAUACCACUUGUGGAAAAUCUUUGCUGCAUGUCCGGCUGUGCUCUUCUCUUCACUGUAAUUCAAUUUUUUGUUCUGGAGUGGAGCUCAUUUGCUUCGGGCCGAAAAACAUGGACGGAUGAAGACUGGCUGUUCCAAAUGAUGUUUGGUCUAUCGAUGCUCUUUGUCUACACUGGCCUACCGCUUUUAUUUUUAGUUGCAAGCGCGGUUUUUGCUAACGUGUCCUUGCUCUCAGUGAGUGUAUACAGCAUCAUAUGGAAUGUAACCAUAUUUAAUAUUUAUCCUACGCCUGUUUUCUUUGCAUCAUAUGUGAUUAUUAUUCUAGGCAUUUUUGUGUACGAUAUUUCCGAUUUUAGGUGGAGCUGGUGCCCUCAUAUAAAUUACCCUUGUGAUGACUCUCGCGACAGCAGUAGUGCUCCUGCGCAAUCGCCGAAUUCUCGUCCAGACGCCGUUGAGGGAGGCACAGCAUAUGAGGAGGAAAUAUUGCCCGAUGCCGGGAUUAUCAAUAAUAGUAACCAAAAAGCCGCUGGGCUCUAA